UUCCGCACCGCAAGUGCAAUGCCGUUCCAUCUUCCAUGGAGGGAAAGGAAUGUCCCGUAGCGCCAAACAAACUAUGAUGCGGCAGUACUGUAUGUGUGACUAUUGGCCUCAGGUGGCUGCCAGAUGGCGCUCCGCCAAUGGCCGCGCUCACCACCCACGGAUCGGUAUCCGCGUGACCCCUCUAAAACCAAUCUCCACCCUUCGUUCAAACGCAAUCGAACGGCGCGCAUCCCACCCUCCCUUCUCCUCCCUCCUCCCGCGCACGGCCAAAUUCCCAACCCUCCGCGCGCGCAGCACCAAAUCCACCCGCCGCCUCCUACUUUAACCCCUUCCCGCCUGCCCGCAACUCCUCACCGGCCACCGCGAAGCCAGAGCCCCACGCCCCGUCCGAACUCCGAACCCCAGAACAGAGCAAAGCCUCCUCGGCCUCCCUGUCCCCAGCCUUCCCCGAUGGCCCGCACGAAGCAGACGGCGCGCAAGUCGACGGGCGGCAAGGCGCCGCGGAAGCAGCUGGCGACGAAGGCGGCGCGCAAGUCGGCGCCGGCGACGGGCGGCGUGAAGAAGCCGCACCGCUUCCGCCCGGGCACCGUCGCGCUGCGCGAGAUCCGCAAGUACCAGAAGAGCACGGAGUUGCUGAUCCGCAAGCUCCCGUUCCAGCGUCUGGUCCGCGAGAUCGCGCAGGACUUCAAGACGGACCUCCGGUUCCAGUCCUCCGCCGUCGCCGCGCUGCAGGAGGCCGCCGAGGCCUACCUGGUGGGCCUCUUCGAGGACACCAACCUCUGUGCCAUCCACGCCAAGCGCGUCACCAUCAUGCCCAAGGACAUCCAGCUCGCGCGCCGCAUCCGCGGCGAGCGCGCCUAGGCGGUUCGGUUGCGGCGCCUGCUCGCUACUGAUGGAGGUGCUUAGUUUAGCACGUCAUGGUUGUGUUAUAGGUGUGCGUUGUUGUUUUCAAGAGGUAGCUUCUUGCUAUGUGCUGAUGUUAACGGAGGAUUAUGAUUAGCAGUUCUGAAAAAAAUGUAAUGGAUGUGAUCUGCUCUAUCUACAUGUUUUCUGUCUUUGUCCUGGAAUCCCAUGGUGUUUAGCAUUGAUUUCACAUGUCUUGUUUUUCUCUGAAUCCUGCUUGUAAUGACAUCGACAUCUGUUACACGAUCUGCUUCAAUUUGUUUU